AUGUCUGCAGUGUAUUUCCUUCCUCCAAUAGUGGUAACCAGGAUGUCGAUGUUCAUAAAGGAACCCGACGCCGAUGACUCUACGUGGAGCUACGUCCUGGCGCCGCUGUCUCGUGACAUGUGGUGGGCAGUGGCCACAUCGGCUUCGCUGCUCGCAUUUUUCCUGUCCUUCACGUGGUAUUUCGGAGAUAAGUACGGGAACAACCAUGAAGAUGAAAGCUACAGUGUCCUCAACUCGUGGAUCAGUGUGCUCGCUAGCUUCUGUCAGCAGAGCCAUGCCAUCACCCCGAGAUCUUGGUCUUGUCGUUUGGUGUUCUUCACGUCGUACUUCACCGCCUUCAUCGUCCUGGUUGCAUACUGUGCCAACUUCAUAUCCCACUUGGCUGUCAGGAAAACUUCGCUGCCCUUCUCAGACUUCGAGGGAAUCCUGAACGACGGAACGUACAGACUCGGAGUGUUUCCAAACUCCGCACAACUGUACUACCUUCAAAACUCGCUGGACCCAAUUCUGAGGGAGGUCUUUGAAAGGCUAGUACAACCGGAUUACGACAAUCUACCAACAAAUGACCUAGAAGGUCUGCGCCGAAUUUGUGGAAAUAAGAAUUAUGCUUUCAUUAUUUCGCCGUUUUUCGUGCGACAAAGCUAUGGCGACUAUCACUGCUCCGUUGUAGAAAUUCCAGAAACGUUAUUCCAGGCAUCCGCCUCAAUAAUCAUGAGCAGAGAAAGUCAAUACAAACGCCUUUUCACACAACGACUUCAACAGAUGAGGAGGAAUGGAAUUCUGAAAGCGAUUGUAGAAAAGUAUUUGCCAUUCGAUGUUACAGACGACAGUAUGAAGCCUCCAAAGAGCGUGGGCCUACAGAAAAUGAUGCCAAUAUUCAUUUUGCAUAUAACAGGGGCCUUUGUUUCCAUUCUGUCUCUACUAAUUGAACUGCACGUACAUAGAUGGCAUUUGCCUCGCCACGUUUCUUUCAUCAACUGAUACUACUGAAGAAGUUAAAACAAGAAAUUUGCUGAUAAAAGUGAUUUUAUUCUUUAUAACCAAAUACCGUCACUGCUCUCCGGCCCAUUCAGGUAGACUGAUGAGGUUACCAGGAGAGUUUGACGCACAGAAUGAACUAAUCAGAUCGCAGAAGACAAAAUACAAUCGAAUGGGGCUGUAACUUGUUCUGUACCACAGAAAACUUCCCUCAGUUAGCCAGAGUACAAAUCACGUUACUAUACGUCGAGCGAAACUGUUUAAUUCGGUGCUCACGUGCGUUUUAUGAAAUCGCUUCUGACUAAAUCAUUUAAUGUAAUGAAAUAUGAACACAUAAUUUAAUUUCAAAGGUCGCUAUAAGCAUGCACAUUUCCACCUUUCUCAUUCCUUACGCAUCUGGCACCGACAUUAGAGGUAACUGUUGUUAACGAGUUCAUUUGGUCUUCAUUCUUCCGAAAUCUCACCAAUAUGAGGUAUUUACAAAAGCUGAACGGCACAAAUUAUCAUCACACGACAGUAUUCAGCUCCAACAGAAUAAACUUUGAUCAUGGCUUGUCACAGGAUCUCUAUGCAUUAGAACAUGUAUGGUGUCACUAUUAAUACUUCUUACAGACGAACAUAAUGAUACUGUUGUUUCUUUCAGCUUUGAAAACAUUUCUCUGACUCUGACCACAUUAAGUUAAUCUAUAAUGAAAACUAUUGUAAAGCUGUAAAUUUAUCAACACACAAUAAAUGUAAAAAUUAAUCUUUUUUUCGGUUUUAACCUCACAAACAAAAGUUUUGUAAUAGCAUGCAUUCUUUUCAAACAUAUUUAAAUCUUGUUCUAGAAUAUAAUCAAGAUUCUAGAUUAUAUGUGUGGAAACUAACUACAGAUAUUUGAAGUCUAAAAACCAACAAAUUUGUAUAUGACAAACAAAACAUCACAAAAUGACAGUACACAGAGUUACCACCAGAGGCGCUGGUAUAUAAGGUUCUUCGCUGUAAACGUGCUCAGUACUGAGAA